GCAGAGUAGAAAGAAGUUGUAUUCAUAGUUGAUAUAAAAUAAUUUUUUGAUCUUUGAGAAAUGGAGUUAGUAAGUGUUUGUAGUAUUGUCUAAUUGUUUUUAAGAGUAUUACGACAUUUUGCGUAAAAAUUUACGUUUAAUUUAAUUAAAAGCUUUUCCCCAAUAUUUAAUUGUUUAUAAAAAUUGGACCAGUUGCACAGGGGACUAAGUUAAUGUCGAAAAUGUAGUAGAUAAUGUUGAACGAAAAAUUGAUAUAAAUGCGAUAAUAGUUCACAUUGCGCAAAAACGCACAUGUGUUGAAUAUACGAUUAUCUUUCUACAGCAUUUAAGCAAAUGUGAAGAAUGAAUGACUAUUUCUAAACUACUUUUUUUUUAAUUUAGUAAUUUGUGUUUUUUUUAAUGAUGUCUAGUUCGGAUAGCGAGAUAGAAAGUGAUGAAGAAUAUAAUAAGUUAUAUUCAGAUUCUGAUGCUGACGACAAUGAUCUGCCGAAAUGGUAUGACGGUCUACCAUCAUUUGGUACCUUCACAAAUUUACCACAAUCUGAAAUUCAAGCCCUUCGAGUUGAAGCAGAAAAAAUUUUGGAACAUCAACCUAAGAUUGAUCAUAAAAAGUCAUGGAUUACUGAGAUAGCUAAGCAAGGUACAUACUCUGACAAAAUUGCUGCACUUACUAUCAAAAUUCAAGAAGAUCCUUUUCAUAAUAUAAAUGCAUUACAAAAUCUUAUUAACAUGGUUAAAAUUGGUAAAAAACAACAGUGUUCUCUUGUGAUUGAUUCCUUAACAGAGUUGUUUACUAGAGUUUUAUUGAAAAUGGAAUUACUCAUAUUUGAAAAUCAACCCUUAAGUGAAUUAUCCAGAUUAGAUGACUUAAAACAGCGAAAAUUAUUAUUAAGUGCUUGGUUAUUUGAAGAUAAAUUAAAAAUUAUGUAUAGUAAUUUCAUUGAUGCAUUGAGUGCAGUUGGAUUAGAUUCUGUCCCAAUAAACCGUGAAAAAAGUAUAUCUGCAAUGUAUAAAUUAUUGAUAAGUAGUACUGAAUGUGAAAUGCAAAUAGUGAGGUAUGUUGUUAACAAAUUUGGGGAUACUGUUCACAAAGUAGCUUCAAAAGCUAUGUAUACCUUACGUCUUGUUGUAAAAAACAGACCAAGCCUAAGUAAUGUUGUAUUUGAGGAGGUUAGAAAACUUCUUUUCCGUUCCAAUAUAAAACCUAGGGCCCAAUAUUAUGGGAUUUGUUUUUUAACUCAAAUUGAUACUAAAGAAAUAGCUAAAGAUGUAAUAGAAUUAUAUUUGUCAUUUUUCAAAGCUUGUGUUAAAACUGGAGCUAUUGAUUCGCGUCUGAUGGGUGCUUUGUUAGUUGGAGUAAAUAAAACAUAUCCAUUUAUUAGAAGUGGUAUUCAAGAAGAACAAUUACAAACCAUGUAUAAAAUUGUCCAUUUAGCACCAUUUAACAUAUCUUUGCAAGCUUUACUUUUAAUUAAACAGUUAGAAAAUAAUGAUAGAUUUUAUAGUGCUCUUUAUAAAAAAAUAUUUGAUGAAAGUUUGAUAAAUACAUCUCAUCAAGGCAUUUGUAUACAUUUAAUUUACAAAUCUAUGUGGGAUGAUAAAUGUCCAGAACGCUUAAUUGCUUUUAUGAAACGUAUUUACCAAAUGUGUCUAUAUUGUCCAAUUCCAUUUGUUUGUGGAAUAUUUUGUAUGACUUCGCGAUUAAUGAAAAAACACAAAGGUUUAAUUGGGAAAUCUAAGUUUGAAGAAGUAACAAUUGAAGCUCCUCCUAAGCCAAUCAUAUUAAAUGAAGCUUUGAUUAAAGAAGAAGACGAAGAUGAUGAAAAAUAUUUUGAUGCCCAAAGUAAUGAAGUUAAUGAAAACCAUCAGUCACAGUCAUCAUCUUGGUAUCAUAUUAAAGCACCAUUAGAGAUUAAACCAUCAGAAGAAUCGGGUAAGUCCCAAGAAAAUGUUCCCAAAAUCAGAGAAGAAAAAAAUUUCUAUGAUAUUACUGCUAGAAACCCAAGAUUUGCAGGGGGUGAACAUGCUAUCUUAUCAGAAUUAAUUCCUUUAAGUCGUCAUUAUCAUCCUACUGUUGCAACAUUUGCAUCUAGAAUAAUUGCUGGUAAAUCAAUUUAUUAUGAUGGGAACCCAUUAGCAGAUUUUACAGUAUUACAUUUCCUGGAUCGUUUUUCAUUUAAAAACCCUAAAAAACCUAGAGAAAGAGAUGACAAAGAAGAAUUAUUUAGGUCUGUAGGGUCUUCAAAAAAACAUUAUGUUCCUAAAGGUUUGAAAAGCAUGUCAGUAGUUAGUGAAGAAUAUUUAAGACAUGAAGAAAAACAAAUACCUUUAGAUGAAGUCUUCUUAUACAAAUACUUAAAGCAAAGACCUAAAAAAGAUAAAAAAGAAGUCGAACAAGAUGUAGAUGGUUUUAGUGAUGUGGAUAGUGUUAAUAGUGAUGAUUUCAAUGAAUUAUUAGAUGGAAUGAUGGGUAAAAAAAAAAAAAAAAAGUUUGACUUUUCUAGAGGUUUUGAGAAAAAAUCUAAAGCAAAAAAAUCUCGUGAAACUGUGGAUGAUGAUUCUGAAAGUGGUGAAGAUGAUGAAUUUGUUGUACCUACUAAAUCAAAAAAUUUAGCUGAUCUUGCUGUGCCUGCUGAAAAGUUUGCUGCCAUGUUAGAUGAAGCUGGUAAAAAGAAAUCUGGAGGGAAAGAUGAUAUUUUUAUUCGUGAUAAUGCAUCAGCCAAACAAUUGGAAUGGGAAAAAAAGAAAUUUAGUGGAAAAAAACGAAAACGGUUAAAUGAUGGAAGAAAAAAUAGAAAGCGCAAUCGAAUAUGAAAUUAAAUUUAACACUUAAUAACAUUUACAAAACAGAAAUUAUAUUUGUUUUAUUAUUCAUGUAUA